UUCCUGCUUCGAUGGGGCUCAGUGAUUGGCUGGGCGCCUGGUGCUGCGCGUGCGGAUGCUGCCGGCGCGAGAGGGCGGCCGCGCUCCCGGAGAAGGAGCCCUUGGUCAGCUGACUCCUGAGUUCACACAACACCUGAACAAUAAGAUCAGAGAGCUUCUGCAACAGAUGGAAAGGGAGCUCAAAUCUGCAGACCCCGGAGAUUGCACUGGCUAUACAGGCUGGGCAGGCAUUGCUUUGCUAUACUUGCAUCUAUAUGAUGUGUACGGAGACUCGUCCUUCCUUCAGAUGGCUCAGGAGUAUGUCAAGAAGAGCCUUGGCUGCCUAACAAAGCGAUCCAUCACCUUUUUAUGUGGGGAUGCUGGACCUUUUGCGGUGGCUGUUGUGGUAUCCCACAAGCUGCAGAAUGACAAGCAGGCAGAAGACUGCAUUGCUCGGAUCUUCGCCAAAGGUCUCCAGAGUCGUGUCUUGCAAGUUUGUGAGGCAGUUUUGGCAUCUGGUGAAAACUUAGCUAAAAAGCGAAACUUCACAGCCAAGAGCCCACUGAUGUAUGAAUGGUACCAGGAGUACUACGUAGGAGCAGCCCAUGGCCUUGCUGGGAUUUAUUACUAUCUCAUGCAGCCCGGCCUUGGAGUGAGUCAAGCAAAGCUACACAACGAGGUCAAGCCAAGUGUGGAUUUUGUCUGCCAGCUCAAGUUCCCCUCAGGCAAUUACCCCCCGUGCAUUGAAGACAAUAGAGACCUGCUUGUUCAUUGGUGCUACAGGGUUCCCGGUGUUAUCUACAUGCUCCUCCAGGCCUACAAGGUAUUUGGGGAACAGAAGUACCUAAGCGAUGCCUUGCAAUGUGCAGAAGUGAUCUGGCAGUGGGGGUUGCUGAAGAAAGGUUACGGUCUGUGUCAUGGUACAGCUGGCAACGCAUAUGCCUUCUUGACACUUUACAACCUCACUCAGGACAUGAAAUAUCUCUACAGAGCUUGCAAGAUAACUAGCGAUGGUGAGGUGGAAUAUGUUCUCCUAGCAGAAAAUUCAGAAAAGAAACGACACAUGACCUGGUCAAAUCAUUUGUGAAACUGUAGUUCGAGGAUGGAAUGACUGGAACAAUAUAUUUCCUUGCUGACCUACUGGUACCCAACAAGGCCAAGUUCCCAGCUUUUGAACUGUGAAUGUCACACUCAAUAGUUUUGGGCAUGAAACCGGUUGCAUUUUAUUUUUCAAGAGUCAAAUUAAACGGGCCACCAUUUCAUGUAUUUAUUGGCAAAGCCAAAUCUUUCAGGAUCUCAUUUUACAUUCUUUUCUGGUUUUGACAUGCCAUUAAAAGCUAGUCACCUUCA